CGCGAGGGCAUAAAACAAGAAAAUGUCUACCAGUCGCUACUUAAACUGGUCGCGACCGUCGCCCGCGAGGCACCAUCCGCUCCGGAAGCAGAUGUCCUGCAUCGAAAGCUUCUCCGGUGGUGGUAGCACGGGACGAAGUCUUUCGGUGAGCAAUCUCUCCACGGUUGGCGCCACCGGCAGUGGUGCCGAUUUCGCCACCUUCGUGACCGCGGCCAUCAUUCACACGAACCGGUUCCAGCAGCAGCAGCAGCAAUCGUACCAGGACCCCCCGAAGGCCACGUUGAGCCGGCGACCGGCCAGUGCGACGACGUCCUCCGCGACGACCAUGGCCAAGCGGUUGAACAAUAAGGUGCUGACAAAGCAGCUGUCGCUGGACCACCACAGUCCGGCGGCGGGACACGCCUGGACCACGGCGGCACCCGCGGCGGCCAGUCGGACGGCGCUGUCGACCGGUGCAGGACUUUCUGCGGGACAGGAAGUUGGGCAAGGCCACCAGAACAAUCCGAAAAGUUGCGGCGUCAAGAAGAGACCGCCCGGACUAAGUAUAAAGAAUGACGCCGAACCGAACGAGCACACCAAAAAGGUCCUGAAGCAGGCCAAGGAUUCCCGUAUCAACAUCAAGAUCUUCCUCGGCCAAACCGUCCAGCAGCAGGACUCGUCCGACAACGGCGUCAGCGACACGGAAUGUUCGGUAAUCCAGCGCGAACCCGUCACCGGCCCGAACCUACCCCAACAACAACAAGGCAAUCAAAAGGCGGAAGUGGAAAAUUCGCACCCGGAAGGUGAGACGCUCUCCAAGCACUCCAAGCCGAGCAGUUCUUCGUCGUCGUCGUCGUCGUCUUCCUCCUCCGCGUCUUCGACUUCAAGUGGUCGCAACUCGUCGCUGGCUCAGCAGCGCCGGGCCCAGUACCAAGCGAGCAGCCGCCAAAAUUCCGAAUCCACCGCCGAGAAGCGCCCGCCCCUGGUGCGGGCUAUGUCCGCGCCGAUCCGACCCAUAGACGACAACUCCAAGUUCCUACAGAGCAGCAAGCGGAAGGCCCGCAAGAAGAAGGUUCUGCGCGAUCGUGACGAAAUCAACGAAUGCGACGAGGAUGCUUACGAGGACGACCCGGUCAAGACUAGCAAGGACAGCAACGCCACAGCCAACAACAACAGUAAGGUCAUCGCUGGAGGUCCGCGAGCCCGUUCCGUGCUAGGAGGACCGUGCGACAUCGAGACGCUCGUUUCGCUGCUCAGCUCCGGCGGAAGUGACUCGGAGAAGGAGGAUUCCGCUCCGUCGCCACCGACGGACACGGACAGCUUCGUGUACAACAACCAGAACAACAACCUCAUCGGAUCGAAGCGCCCUCCAAUGCUGAAGAAGGCGGGAAAAUCGGUUUCGUUCCAAGAGUCGGAGCUGAAGCAGCCAACCGCCGGGCUCAACCGGGACUACUACCCGGCGGGGCACCGGAAGCCACCGGCGUUGCAACCCAUUGCCAACCGCAUCAGGAGAAGCCAGCAGCUGGCCAACUCGCUGAAUGCGUUUCAUCUGAAGGAUGUUAAGAAGAGUUCCAGCGAGGAAAGCAAAUCCGACGACGAAAAGGACCACACCGGCGAAGAUCCGCCCCCAGCCUCAAAAGAGUCAAAACCCAAAAAGGAGCCAAAGGCCGCGCAGCAAAAAGCCGACGAGCAGCAGCUGGUCGACGGCCAAACGCCAAAGGAGCGCGAAUGCUACCGCCUGUUCCAGAAAAUGUCCACCAUGGGCCUGUCGGUUUCGUACGACACGAUCCUGCGCGGGAUGCUAACGCCGACGGAGCUGCGAGUGCUCGAGAAGCAACGCAGCAAGCUCCAGAAGCAGCAGGAAUCGCUACAAAACAGCAGCGAGUCCGAGGGGAACGACACCGGCAGUGACACCGGCAAGACAGCGCCGCCGAUCGAUCUGGCGGCCGGACUGGGAUUGGUUGGAUCGAUUGGGGUGGUGGAGCUUACGAGUGGGGCACGGUUGGAACAGUAUGCCACCAUUGUAGAGUGAAUGGAUGAGAGUUGAACCACCUUGCGUCUACGCCGAGAAAAGUGUGAAUGAUGGAGACGCAUGGCGUCUCAAUUGUUGAAAACCGCGAAAAGCAUGUUUGCAAGCAAAGCAAUGCUUGAUCACGACCAUUAUGUUGAGUUUAUUUUCGUCAUAAUCAUUCAGUAAUGAGAAGCGAUAUAGAGUUUGAUCAGCAAACUGUGAUAGGACAGGAAAAGAGCUUUAUUCUGUGUUGGAAGCAAAAAACGUAAAAACAAAACAAGCAACAAUGUUAGAGUGCACUUAUUACAGUAACACAAACACACAAAAACAGGCACACCACUAUGGAUGGGAACAGAGAGUUUAAUGAUGUUGGCAAGUGAGUUGAUUUGGUUUAGCAAACCGAGAGAUGGUUAUUAGCAAAGAAUAGUUUAAACAUUAGCGGCACCGGAUAUAGAAUUUUGGUAACGGCAUUG